UUGCAGGUAUAGUUUUCUCUCCAGAGAUUUGCCGCUGCUCCUUUCUUCUUUCUUUUCCGUUCUUCCUCCCAUCCUGUUUUCUCCCUUAUUUCCUUCUGCUACCUUAUCUUUCGUCUUCCCUCCUCCUCUUCAACAUCAUCUUGCCUCCCUUCCCUCUCCCUUUCCGAAACAGAACGGAAAAAAGGUAGAAGGACACGAGAAUUUCAUGUUCAAGAUGGAAAAAAUCUACUUGAUUACGUGGCUGAACAUAUUCAAUAGGAAGCAAGAGGUAGAGCAAUACCAAAGAAAAAUUCAGUUGAAGUUUCAAAGGAUGCUUGAUUGUUCCCUUGAGGAAAGCACGACUCCAACGAUAGUAUUUGCCGAAUGGGAGCAAAAUUUAUGUCUUCGAAAUGAUAAAAAAGAAUUUCCAUCAAAACCGGAAUUUGUGGCUGAUCAUUCUCUUGAAGAAGGCGUAAUACUUGUUUUUCUUCCUCCAUCCAGCAAUUCUUUUGCUGCUGUUGUCUUUAACAAAAAGGAAUUGAAAAUAUGUAUCUAUGGCAUUAUAAAAUUUGUAAUUUGAUUGUGGUUAGCACAUGUUGCUUUCUUGUGAACCUCUUCUCCAUUAAGUUAUUUUAUUGUUAGUUCUUCCUUA